UCUAGGGUUACCGUUGAGAUAUCAUUUCCAGCCAAUCCAUCCAUCGAUUCAACGUAAUCUCCAAUGAAGCAAGAACGAGACCACCAGUUCGAGUGCGGAAUAUGCGGGACUGAAGACCGCUAUCUCCUCCACAACGUCCGCCACCGUACCCCUUCCUACCGCCGCCUCUGCACUAACUGUCUCUUAAAAGACCACCGCGGUCUCUUUUGCCCUUUCUGCUUUAUUGUCUAUGAAGAACCACUCCAAAAUGAUCGAUCCAUGUGCAACAAAUGCCCUUCUAUCGCUCACAAACCUUGCAUCCCUUCCAAUUACCCUCACCACACUCCCUUCUUCUGCCCCUCUUGCUCCUCCCCCAGUUUCUCCUUCUUUAACCCUACCAGAAACGGAGAUUCUUCCUCCGGGAGGUUCAUCGAUAAGGACUCCGCCAGAGCGCUUGUUGCUGCCGCCAAGAUUGCUUCCAUUUCCAUGACGAAAGCGGCCGCGCUGGCCAGGGUUGAAGCUGAGAAAAGGGUUAAAGAAGCUACUUAUGCUAAGAAGAGAGCUAGAGAAGCACUUGAAAGGCUUGCUUAUUUGGCUGCUAAAGAAAAUGAGAUGAUGGGGGAUAUUAAGGGAGGAGGAGUUGAUGAUGCUGCUCAUAAAGGAGGAAAUCGUAAUGGGGUUUAUCUGGGUUAUCCUCCUUCUCAGAUAACAGGGCAGCAGCAACAACAACAAGGGACUCUGAAAUGACGAUCUGGGCUACCAUGGUAAACGAGUGAUGGUAGCGUUCAGUUACAGAUUGCAGUAACAGCCUUCAAAGUUUUAUCUGUUCUGAUGAAUGGAGUUGUGAAUUCCUGCCAAUGGGAAAGGAUAGAGAAGGUGAGACUGAAACCAAAGAACAUGAAGCUCCAUUUUUUUCUCAAAUGAGAAAGACUGGAUUUUCUGCAGAACUAUAUCUGCUGGGAGUUUAUUUUUGCAGCCUUGCAAGCAAACGAGUUCCUGCAUUGUAAACACCAGAGUUUAAUUGAAAUCUACAAAGAAAGCCCUCCUAAGUCCUGGCAUGGCGUAUCCCGAAGCUCUUUUGUACAUAGCCAUCGGUUUGCUUUAGAAAAUGAAAAUUUUGUUGAUGUUAAUCUGAUUCUUGUAGUCCCAACUCCAAAUAGAUUAGAUCUGGUUUCUAAAUCCAAUUUAUGCCAUUUUAUACUUUUCAA